CAUACUUCUUCAUUCUUAAUUCCUACUUCAACUAGAAUAAACAUGUCUGACAAGAAAGGUCAUUACGCUCCCAUUCCUUCAGAAGAGGAAGAACGCAACCAACUGCAGGACAAUAGUCUACUCACUCAAGGCUUCCAGCCUCCUCCAUACACACCUUCUACAGCACCGUCCUCACCAUUUAUUCAGCCAAACAAUGUUCCCUCCGCGCCUGGAUCGUCUACCGUUCCCAACAAUCUUUAUCCUCAGCUCCAUAGUCCUGUACCUCAGCACCCUUAUCAACCGACAUAUCCCAAGCUUAAUGAUACCUCAAAACCUCCACCACCAAUGACUCCUUUCUAUGCUCCUGCUCCACCACACCAACACCAGGGACAACAAGCUCAUAGUAUGGGCUCACCAUUGAUCUUGAUGAAAUCUCCGGGUAGGAUUGAGGACCUAAAGUCUCAGCCUGGUGUUGUUGUUUGUCAGCAUUGUCAUCACUUGGUCUUGACUGAGACAGCUCCCGAAAGUGGUUCUUGCACGUAUCUUGGUAUCCUUGGUCUUCUGCUCGCUGGCGUCACAUCAUGUGGAUGCUGCCUCUUGCCUCUAUGUAUAACCUCGAUGAAGGACAUGAUGCAUUCUUGCCCCAAUUGUCAUGAGGAUAUUGGUCUGUACUCACGACUUAAGGAGAAGACCUUUCCAGUUCGACGAGGUUAAAAUGCCGGAAAAAAAA